GACAACUUCAACAGUCUUCUAGAGUUCAUUCGGAGUUGUAACGGGAAGUUUCCGAGUCUUUCAGUUUUCCCGAAUCCGAUCGCGCAAAGAAUAGGUGAAUCCGGAUAUCUGAAUGGAUGUUGCUCCGGGUGCAUUUUUGUUACUUCUCUCCACCGUUAUUGGUAGUCUUGCCGAAAAAGAGUACAACUGUACAGCAAAAGAAUUUGAAGAGUGCCUUGAAGCUCUAAACGCUAUUACUCAAACAGAAGAUCUUGCACUUGCUGCAACAAGAGAAGAGUUAAACCUUGUCUGCAGGAAGCUACAGCAUGGUGUUCGUUGUAUUGAUGAUCACAGCUAUCGUUGUUUCACAGCUGGACAGAGGAGGAUCUUCAACUCUGUCGUAUCAGAAUCAAGACACGUCAUUAAUGACUUAUGUGUUCCUGGAAAGCUUCAAGAAGAUUAUCUCCGAUAUGCCCCAUGUUUAAAAAAUGUAUCUACAGAUGACCGCAAAUGUGCGUUUCAGUAUAAAAGGCUGGCCAGUAGCUAUGAAGAUACAGGAGAUGAUGUGAAUGAUAAACUGAAAAUACAUUGUUGUGUAUUCACCCAAUUCGUCCAGUGCCAGCAUGAUCAUCUUCUGCGUGACUGUGGCACUGCGGCAGAACAGUUUUUUCAAAGACACAUGGACCGCAUGUCGGGAUCUCUUAUCAACGAACACUGCGUUUUAUUCACACAUGGUUCUAAUGCGUGCUCAUUCGACACGAACUCGGCGAAUAAAUAUUUCAAACAUGAUUUCUUGUAUACAGCAAUAUUUUACUUAAUAUCAUUGCAGAUUGUAUAUCUUCUUGUAAAACAUUGA